GCGGCGGCGGCCGAGGCGGGGCCGCGCCGGGCCGGGCGUCGGGGCCACACGUCCGUCCGCGGAUCGCCGGGGCUGCGCGCACCAUGGAGCCGCGGUGUCCGCCGCCGUGCGGCUGCUGCGAGCGGCUGGUGCUCAACGUGGCCGGGCUGCGCUUCGAGACGCGGGCGCGCACGCUGGGCCGUUUCCCAGACACGCUGCUUGGGGACCCGGCGCGUCGCGGCCGCUUCUACGACGGCGCACGCCGCGAGUACUUCUUCGACCGGCACCGGCCCAGCUUCGAUGCCGUGCUCUACUACUACCAGUCGGGCGGGCGGCUGCGGCGGCCGGCGCACGUGCCGCUCGACGUCUUCCUGGAGGAGGUGGCCUUCUACGGGCUGGGCGCGGCGGCGCUGGCGCGCCUGCGCGAGGACGAGGGCUGCCCGGUGCCGCCGGAGCGCCCCCUGCCCCGGCGGGCCUUCGCGCGCCAGCUCUGGCUGCUCUUCGAGUUCCCCGAGAGCUCGCAGGCCGCGCGCGUGCUCGCCGUUGUCUCCGUGCUCGUCAUCCUUGUCUCCAUCGUCGUGUUCUGCCUCGAGACGCUGCCCGACUUCCGCGACGACCGCGACAACCCGGGGCUCGCCUUGGUGGCCGCCGCUGGCUCGUUCCCCACUCGGCUGAAUGGCUCCAGCCCAGUGCCUGGAACUCCACCCCGUUUGCCCUUCGAUGACCCGUUCUUUGUGGUGGAGACGCUGUGCAUCUGUUGGUUCUCCUUUGAGCUGCUGGUACGCCUGGUGGCCUGCCCGAGCAAGGCGGUCUUCUUCAAGAACGUGAUGAACCUCAUCGAUUUUGUGGCCAUCCUGCCCUACUUUGUGGCACUGGGCACUGAGCUGGCCCGGCAGCGGGGAGUGGGCCAGCCAGCCAUGUCACUGGCCAUCCUGCGGGUCAUUCGAUUGGUGCGUGUCUUCCGCAUCUUCAAGCUGUCCCGGCACUCAAAGGGCCUGCAGAUCUUGGGCCAGACGCUUCGGGCAUCCAUGCGUGAGCUGGGCCUCCUCAUCUUCUUCCUCUUCAUCGGUGUGGUCCUCUUUUCCAGCGCAGUCUAUUUUGCCGAAGCUGACCGGGCAGACUCCCAUUUCACCAGCAUCCCGGAAUCCUUCUGGUGGGCGGUGGUCACCAUGACCACGGUUGGCUAUGGAGACAUGGCGCCUGUCACUGUGGGUGGCAAGAUAGUGGGUUCUCUGUGUGCCAUCGCUGGUGUGCUAACCAUUUCCCUGCCCGUGCCAGUCAUUGUCUCCAACUUCAGCUACUUUUACCACCGGGAGACAGAGGGCGAAGAGGCUGGGAUGUUCAGCCAUGUGGACACGCAGCCCUGUGGCACACUGGAGGGCAAGGCCAAUGGGGGUUUGGUAGAUGGAGAGGUGCCUGAACUACCACCUCCACUCUGGGCUCCCCCAGGGAAACACCUGGUCACUGAAGUAUGAGGGACAGUUGAGGUCUGCAGGACCUCACACCUCCUUGGAGGGAGGGAGAGUGGGAGGGACGGGUGGAGGGGAAGGCCAAAGGGAGGGGACUGGAUUUAGGAAGAUCUAGGUUAAGUGGUAAUGAGUGGGGGAACACUGAGUCUUUCUUGUUGGGUCUUGAGUUGUGUGGUUUGAUAGCUCUGGUGGAUACCUCCUUAAACACCAAUGAAUGGCAGUGGGUUGUGUUGAGUUGAGGGGGCUCCAUUUGUUCAUAUUGCAUUGCAUUGUGCAAAGUUUGUGGGGCCUUUUGGGUAAUGUUAAGAUAGGUGUGGUCAUUCCAUUUUCUGUUUCCUAGGUCCAUGUCAGGUUGAGUUGGGUUGUGAGUCUGGGUGAGUCUUGUCCAACUGUAUCAUGCAGGAUUCUGUAAUUUGAUGAGUCCACUAGGGCCAUGUUGGGUCAAGUUAGGUGGUCACCCAUGGCAUUGUGAAGAUUGAUUGAAUGGUCAUGCACGGUAUUGUUGAAUUGUGUUGAGACAGGUUGGAAAUUGUGUAGCUUUGUGAUACUUCUAGGGCCACGUUAUUUUAGGUUCUGUGAAUUUGUGAGUCAUGUGGAAAUGGAGAGUCAAGUGAUAGAAUGUGAGCUUUCUAGGUCACAUUAGGGUAAGUUGGGUUGGAAUGUAUGACCAAAUGAGUCUUUUAGGGUUCUGUUAGGUUGAGUUGUGUAGGCUGGAAGUUUUUCAGGGCCAUGAGUUGAGCCGUAUUGAGUUAUACAACCACAUGGGUCUUGUAAGGCCGGUUCAGUUGGGUUGUCUGACUGUUUGAGUCUUAUAGGGCCAUGCUGAGUUGAGUUACAUUGAGUUUUGUCAUUGUGUGAGUCCUAUAGGAACGUUGGGUUGAGAUGGACUGUAUAUAUGAGUUCCAUAGGGCCAUAUUGGAUUGUUUUGCACUUAGUGGUAGCACUAGGACCCAAGGACAACAACACUGGGGAAGAAUCAUGUGUCAGGGAGUAAGUGUGGUGGUAUGGACUCUGGGAAAUGUACUAAACCAGCUUGCCCAGUGUUAACCAUUGUAGGGGGAGUGGGGUUGGAUUCCGUAUCCAUGAAUCAAGGUGUUCAUCCAGAGGGGCUCUGGGUGAACUAGGACGAUGCUGAUGCUGCUCCCAUUUACCCCACAUCUGUUUCAUUUUGCCAUUCAAGCCCCCCCCCAUUCUUUCUGCCCUGCCCUACAGUUUUGCUCCCUGACAUGGAGAUUAGAGCCACAAGGGAAAGGGGCGAGGGGGAGAAAACUCUUUUUACUCUACCCAGACAUUAUGGGGGACAGAACCAAAGGGAGCGGGACAGAGACCGUGGGAGGGAUAGAGACCCAAAUAGAGGAAGAGAUAGAAACUCAGAGAUGAGGGGUCAAAGAGAGAGGAACAGAGACUCAGGGAGUGAGACACAAGACCUAGAGAGAGAGGGGGGACAGAGACUUGGAAGGGGGAACGAGACCCAGAAAGAGGGGAACACAAAGCCAGAGUGAAAGAAGGACAGAGACCAAGAGUGGGGUCUUGGAGACCCAGAGGGCCCCCAGAGAGAGAGGGACAGACACCCAGAGUUGGAGAUAGACCAUAAAACCUCAGAAAAAGAGAACCAAAAAAGAAAAAGGCAGAGAAAGUCAGUGCCCCUGAACCUGAAAGAGACACACAGUCCCUAUUCCACAGAAUCAUAAAGGGAUCCUAAACCAGGGCACAUCACCCAUCCUCCCUGCAGCUAAGGAAGGCUGUCAGACAAACUGGGGGUCUUGCUCUGUUUUCCAGGGGAGAAAGCAGAGUCUCAGAGCAGGGGAUUAGUAUCUAAAGUCACACAGCAUGUCCUCAGGGGGUCAGGACUUGUGGCAGGCUGCCUGGCUCCACAUGUCCUCAUCAGCCUGCUGGUACACACAGGACCGCUCCGGUCUGGUAGCCUCAUUUCCUACAGACAAGGAAAUUGAGGCUCAGAAGGGAGGCUGUUACCCAAGGUCACAAAGCCAAAAGUUUUUAGAGGUCUUUCAGAACUAAAAGGGCAUUUAAAGGAGGAGGAAGAGGCAGAUGGUUAUAAUCACUAACACAUAUAGUGUUUCCAUGUGCCAGGCAUCAUUCAAAGUGUUUUACUUGUAUUAAUUUAUUAAAACCCAUCCAGUGGUUUAUA